CCGUCGCCGCCGCCGCCGCCGCCGCCGCCGUCGUCGUUGUCCGAAGAGACACAGCAUGUACAGACAGUACCACGGUGCGAAAGUGGAAGGGCGGCGCGAGCGGAAAAGAGGGAUCGUGAGCGGUGGAGAAGCAGCGCGCGAGAUCCAGAGAAGGCAAGAACGAUCGAGGGACGACGAGUGUGCCAGUAACGGUUAACCGUCGCGCUCGAAAGAGGCGAAAGUGCAUUCAUCUUCCGUAUGUGUCUUCUUCUUCUUCGGUGCGUCGCCGUCGGCCAUUGUCUCUGACAUGGAAGCCUAUCAAAAUGGCAGAGAUCGUGCAGAUGUUUUUGUUUCUGUAUAAGUCAAAGUACCGUCGGAAACGUCGUCGGCCUUCACGGCAAGUAGAGCUGACACGCUUUCAAGAGUGCGGUGCGAUCACGUUGCCAUGCUUGCCUCCGCUCUGGUGGGCGGCGUUGCUCUGCUGUUGGCUCCUGCACCUUACGGCGGCCUCCUCCUCCUCAUCGACGACGACGACGACGACGGAACCGAGCUGCGACAGCGAGAGCUGCAUCAACGGGGAUUGCGUCAAUGGUACUUGCUUGUGUCGCGAGGGAUGGCAGGGUCCGGCUUGCCAAUUCUGCGGUGGCAAAGUCAGAUUGACGGAACCAACGGGAAGCAUUCACGAUGGUAUAGGCAACUACACGGCAGACGUGAGGUGUUCCUGGCUGAUCGAGAGCAGCCCAAAUUCCACGAUACGCAUGCACGUGGAAUUGUUCGCGACGGAAUGCGGCUGGGAUCACCUGUAUAUCUACGACGGUGACAGCGUCGAGGCACCUCUACUCGCGAUAUUCAGUGGUCUCAUGCACAAAGACGGCUAUCACAUACGCCGCGUGCCCGAAGUAAUAGCUCGAUCUGGCAGCGCUUUGCUCCACUUUUAUUCGGACGUUGCCUAUAACAUGAGCGGAUUUAAUAUCACUUACAAGAUCAAUGCCUGUCCAACCAGGUAUUCCUACGUCGAUUGUUCUGGCCACGGUGUCUGUAUAGAUGGUAUGUGCUCGUGCGAUACCUUAUGGACCGGAAAAGCUUGCGACGUCUCGAUGUGUCCAAAUAAUUGCUUUCACAAUCGUCAACACGGCGAAUGCAAUAGAUUGAAGCGUCGCUGCGACUGCAAGCACAGUUAUAAGGGAGUGGACUGCAGUCAAAAGAAAGAUCAUGGAUUUUGGGAGAGCGUCACUUACAAGGACUUCUCUCCUGAAGGUUCGGCCAGUCACUGUUCUAUCGUUUGGAAAGAUUCCCUCUACGUGGUCGGCGGUGAGAGUUUUCAUCGUGCCAAGAUGAUAUACGUUUAUGAUUACAACGGUAACGUUUGGGAAACCCCUCACGUAGAGGGUAAGGUACCUGCACCUCGAUAUGCUCAUUCGUGCGUACUCUUUGGAGACAAGAUAUUUAUGUACGGUGGCGUUGUACAAAAUUCCACCGUCACCAACGAGAUCUGGGCAUUCGACGUGUCGGCUAAAGUUUGGGAAAAUGUCACCGUACACGAUCAUUGUCGCAAUAAGACAAUGUGCGGACCACUUAAGGUAGCUGGGCAUACGGCGAAUCUCGUGCAAAGUUACGGGGAAAAGGAGAAAAUGGUUGUGAUCUUUGGUUAUUCGCCUCAGUAUGGUUACUUGAACACCGUCCAGGAAUAUUACUUGGGAACGCGCGAAUGGCAAAUCGUUGAGACAAUAGGUUUCCCCGUUAAAGGGGGCUACGGUCAUAGUUCUUCUUACGAUCCUUUGACACAUUUGAUAUACGUUUACGGUGGAUACGUGUCCGAGUCGCAAAGCACUCAGAUUCUGACGAAUAAACUCUAUUCCUAUCAUCCCAAGUAUCGCGAGUGGAAGAUAUUGACGGGCGCACCGUCGGCCCGAUUUUUUCACACAGGCGUCUUUAUUUCCGGCGGUCUUAUGCUCGUCUUCGGUGGUAACAUGCAUAACGAUACUCAGCACUCGCACGGUGCUAGGUGUUAUUCCGCUGAUACCAUCGCUUACGACGUUACCUGCGACACGUGGCAACAUUAUUUUAUGCCGAGGGACAUGGCCGACCUACCGAGAUACGGACAUAGCGCGACCGUUUUCGAAGAUUCCAUGUAUAUCUAUGGAGGAUUCGACGGUCAGAUGUUAUCCGACAUGUUGAGGUAUACACCGGGACAUUGUGAACACUUGACGAAACAAAAUGAGUGUCUGAACGCGAGGACAGGUGUAAAGUGCGUGUGGGAAAAUAUAGGUCGGUGUAUUGCUAUAACGAAAAUACCGCGGCAUGCAUUACUCGAGGACGACAUGCACGAUGGAAAGUACAUGAGGUGCUUGGACGACACGCCACCGCGUGGAAUGACAUCGCACAAGGAAUUGUGCAAGGUCCUGACCGACUGCGUCGCUUGCGUGCAAACGUCGUACAAUUGUGUUUGGUGUGGUAAAAGUUGUUCCUACGAAAUAUGUCGGGAUAACGCCAAUUCACCGGCCACCGAGGCCAUCAAGGAUUUGGAAAAGUGCGACGCGCACACUGGCGUCGAGUGUCUGCAAUUGCACACCUGUCACGCAUGUUCGAGCAAUCCGCGUUGCAUUUGGUCAUGGUCGAACGGUCCGGACCGUUGUAAGCCGCAAUCUAAGACGCGCGAGAUUAGCAGUCUGAACGGAACCAUACAAGCUCAGCGCUUAACGAUGGAAACUUGUCGAAGUCCAUGCGCGGAAUAUACUUCCUGUAGGAAUUGUACAGAAUCCGAUUGCAUUUGGUGUCAGAACGAAGCAAAGUGCGUCGACAAAAAUGCAUAUCCCGCUAGUUUUCCGUACGGCCAAUGUCGUGCAUGGACAACGAUCGAGGCAAGGUGCCGUGCCACUGGAAAUGGAAGGGAAUGGUGUAGCUUUUAUUUAUCUUGUUCAGCGUGUAGAUCGGAUCCUGGUUGUGGGUGGUGCGACGAUGGAUCCGGUACAGGAAAAGGACAAUGUUUGCCUGGCGGGGCUCGUGGUCCAAGCAGUAGGAGUUUAGAAACGUGUUCGUUCGAUCAUUGGUACUUUACCACGUGUCCAACUUGCCAAUGCAACGGUCAUAGUAAGUGUCUUCCAAACAGCAGUGUUUGUAUUCAACCGUGUGGAAAUUUAACUUACGGACAGAAUUGUGAUAAAUGCAUUCCCGGUUAUUACGGGAGUCCUUUGAACGGGGCAACGUGUCAACCGUGCUCCUGUAAUAAUCAAGGCACACAAUGUUCUAGCGAGACUGGUAAAUGUUUUUGCACGACCAAAGGCAUCGUUGGAGAUCAUUGCGAGCGAUGUGACGUAACGGGUCUUUAUUAUGGCGAUCCUACGAACAAAGGGUCAUGUUUCUACGACUUGGCUAUUGAUUAUCAAUUUACCUUUAAUUUAAGUAAAAAAGAAGAUCGGCAUUAUAGAGCGAUCAACUUUAAGAAUUCCCCACCGAAAGCUGAUAUCGAUGCCGAGUUUUCUAUAACUUGUUCAGUCCUUGCAAAGAUGAACGUUACUAUUAAAAGACCAAACAGUUUAGAAAAGCCACUUCUUUUGGGUGCCAAUUGUACGACAAGCAUGUAUAAGCAUCGCUUUAGCAAGGCGGACUACAAUUUUGGUAGCGAAGAGAACAAUACGUUAACAACGUUCUAUGUAUACGUUUAUGACUUUCAGCCACCGUUGUGGAUUCAGAUUUCAUUUUCUCAAUAUUCAAAGUUAAAUCUGCAACAAUUCUUCAUAACUUUUUGCACAGAUUAUAUGCCACCGCACAGGUGUUUCCUUGCCCUACUUCUAGUAGCCGCGAUUUUAUGGAAGAUCAAACAAAAGUAUGACAUGUACAGAAGAAGGCAACGACUAUUCGUGGAGAUGCAACAAAUGGCCAACAGGGCCUUUAGUCAAGUACUCGUAGAAAUAGAGAGGCGAGACGUCGUCGACAACGAUACUGACAGAGGUGACGGUGAAUACAACAAUUGUCGAAAAAAGAAAAAGGAUGCACCUAGUCCGAUCGCAUUGGAGCCCUGUUCUGGUAACAGAGCAGCAGUCUUAUCCUUGCUAGUCAGAUUGCCUACCGGUGGUGAGCCGUUUACUCCAGCUGGACAAAGUGCCGGCUUAGCGGUAGCCUCAGCCUUAGUCACAUUGGGUAGUCCACGAAGACCUUCCCAGGAAUUAACGACGAAGGAACCGAAAAAAACUAGAAAGUCGGCCAGUCAACAUCCGGAAUCCACUUGUAUUUAGCGAUAAGCCGAAGAAAGUAGACAAAAUGCAAAUGUUGCAACGUGACUACGAGCCUUAGAAUCGUUUCUGUGAUCUUGCCUGUAUUAGUGGCAGGACAAUCGAUUAUCUUAUAACUAUGACAGAGCGACGUAGCAAAUGUCAAUGUCACACGACCUACGUACAUACGUUGUCUGUCGAUGACAAAUUUUAUAAGUGGUCAAAGUUUAUUCUAUCGUCGAACGAGAAGAAUCGAAGCGUCGUUAAAACUUGGCUACGUCUUCAUUCAAAGAAAAUGAACGAGAAGAUAAUUUAAUCAAGAAAAGAAAUGAUUUUUGUAUUUAUCGUCUUACACAAAAAUUUUCGGUAAGUAGUAUUCAUUUUGAAAAUUUAUUUAAACAUUUGGCGCGAGACGGUUUAUCAAGUAAGACGAUUUCUUCACGAAUUUAGAUAACUUUUCAAACUGUUUCUCGGAUUCAUUUAUACAGCAAGUAAAACGAGUAUCCGCGGUUAAAAAGUUAUUUGGAUUUUAAAUAACGUUUACGAAUACUUGCCUUUACUUGCUAUAGUUUCAAUCAACGAUGUAUAUUCUUGUAUAUAUAGUAUUUCUUAGAUAACACUAUUUUGCUUUUAUCGUGAAAGAUACAAUAUAAUUGAGAACGUGAUUAUUUUCUGAUUAAUAAUGUAUCGAAUCAAUUUAGGAGGUAGUUUAUAUUGCCACACUUUUUACGAAUGUGGUAAAAUGCGUUUACUCGAAAGGAAUAUUCAUGUUUCACUUAUAUUUCGUAUCUUUUACGUUCAUCAAAUACA